CGCGCCACUAAUUUCGACCGCACCUCUCCUUCUCCCGCUCGAAGCCCCUCAAGUUCUCCAGAACAAUCAAAGCAGCAGUCGCCGAUGACGACACAAUAGAGGCACCAGCAAAAGAAGAGGCUGCAUCGGUUGCGUUCACCCCACCAAAAAAAUAGUACUUGGCCUGGGACUUUGUGGCUGGUGGCAGGAAUGUAUUGGCCUCCAUCUCCAUAAGAAGCUAUAGUUGCUGCAUUACUUGUGAUCAAUUUGAUAGUGGACAAUUGUGUGCAAUAAAAGAAGUCAGGGUUGUCUGUGAUGACCAAUUAUCAAAAGAGUGCCUCAAACAACUUAAUCAGGAGAUCCAUUUGCUCAGUCAGCUUUCACAGGGAUAUCAAAGGGGCUAACAUUCUAGUUGAUCCUAAUGGUGAAAUCAAGCUGACAGACUUUGGAAUGGCUAAACAUGAACAUAAGACUAAGAGGGUCAAAGUUCAAAAGCGUAUUCUGGGAAAAAGACUCAAUAGGAGCACACAAAAUGAAUUGCUUCAAGUCCAAAAAUGGAGCAAUAUGAAAUUCUUGAACACAUUGGAAGAGGUUCCUUUGCCUCAGCUCUACUUAUCAGACACAGGCACGAAAACAAAAGGUAUAUCCUUAAGAAGAUACGUCUUGCCCGCCAGACUGACAAAACUAGUAGAUCUGCUCACCAGGAGAUGGAGCUUAUCUUUAAAGUUCGCAAUCCAUUUAUAGUAGAAUAUAAAGAUUCCUGGGUGUAAAAGGUAUACUGAUCCAAGUACGUAGGGCGUUUGGUGCUUCGUUUGGGGCUCUCCCUAUGGGUCUCGACUUCAUUGGGCUUGCUGCUUCCUUGUGGCACCGGUAUGUCUUCAGUUGGGUUCUGGGGAUUGCUAGCAAUACCCCCUGCCGGGAAAACCACCUUGUCCUCAAGGUGGUAAGUAUCGCGGAUGGUAUUCCAAGGCUCCCAAGUUGCUUCCUCGGGUGGCAGACCCACCCAUUGAACCAGAACCAUGGGUGUUAGGGGACUGGUGGUCAA